UUACUAUUUCCCGGUUCAAACAAAUGAAGAAUAGGGCCGAAAAAGAGAAAUUUGCAUCCGGAAAGGUGGCAAUUCCUGCUAGACAGGAGUACAGAUCCUUCCAAAAACCUAGAGCUCCGAAAACUAAGGUUGAUCACCUAGAACCCAAUGACAACUCGGUUCUUAAUGAUAAUCAAGUUUUUGAUGAUACCAAGUGGCAAAAAUUAAU